AUGAUGGAAGCGUCUCAUCCCGCGGCAGGAUGGGAGAACGUUGGCGAAAAGUGGUACCGCAAGGUCCAGCUCUACACCGAAGUGUUUGACCAAGACCUCGACCUCGACAACUACAUUGUCGCCGGCGCCCCCUACGGCGGCGCCCUCGCCCUCUUGCGCGACGACACCAAAAUCCAGGCUGUCCGCGCCGUCAAGCAACCCGGCGGCGGAGCCUCAAACAAGCCCGGCAUCGACAUCUACUCGUACGCCGGCAAGCUCCUGCGGAGGAUACCCUGGGACCAAGGCUCCGGCACGAUCAAGGGCUUAGGAUGGGCGAGCGUGCAAGGGGGCGAAGAGAAGCUUCUGGUCGUGACGGCGGACGGCACGGUGAGAGUGUAUGAUCUCCAGGGCGACUUUACGCAAUUUUCGCUUGGCAACGGCGCGGACGAGGUCGGCGUCGUCGGGUGCCGUUUCUACGAGACGGGUAUGGUCGCCCUGCUGGGCGACAACGCGCUCGUUUCGGUCACUUCGUACGCGGAGCCCCGGCCGAGGGUGUUGGCCGCGCCGCCAGAGGACCAGGGCGAGAUCCACACCUGGGCCGUCGUCGCGCCUGACCAUACGCUUUCGAGGUCUGUGGAGGUGCUGCUGAGUAUCGGGGAGACUGUGUACGUUGCCGACGCGGCGGAGUGCGAGGACCGGUUCCUUGAUAUUGGGCCCUUUAGCCACAUCAGUGUCUCGCCGGAUGGUAGGCUUAUUGUGUUGUAUACCAAGACGGGCAAAGCGCAUGUUAUAUCGAGCGAUUUCCAGGAGCGCCUGGUCGAGCACGACUCGCAGUCGAGGAUCCCGCCAAGGUAUGUGGAAUGGUGCGGUUCCGACGCGUUAAUUGCGUGGGAGGACGAGGUACACAUUAUCGGGCCCGACAGCGCGACGGCCGAGUUCUUCUACGACGGACGAGUUCACGUCAUUUCAGAACACGAUGGCGCAAGACUCAUCACAAACGACGUCUGCGAUUUUCUAGAACGCGUGCCCCACGCCACGGAGGAAGUCUUCGGCACCCGCGCCGAGUCCUCCGCGGCCUCCAUCCUCCUCGACGCCGUCGGCCAGCUGGAGCUCCAGUCUCCCAAAGCAGACGACUACAUCCAGCUCAUCCGCGCCAACCUCACGGAGGCCGUCGACACCUGCGUCAACGCCGCGGGCCGCGAGUUCAGCGUCCACUGGCAGAAGCAGCUCCUCAAGGCCGCCUCGUUUGGGAAAUCCGUCCUCGACAUUUACAACAGCGACGAGUUUGUCGACAUGUGCGAGAUACUCCGCGUCCUCAACGCCGUCCGCUUCUUCGAGGUCGGCCUGCCGCUCUCCUUUGAGCAGUACCAGCGCCUCACACCCGAGGGGCUGAUCAAGAGGCUCAUCAACCGGCACGAGUACCUCUUGGCGCUCAAGAUUGCGGGCUACCUCCGCCUGCCCACAGAUCGCAUCUACGUCCACUGGGCCUCGGCCAAGGUCCGCUCGGGAACCGAAGACGACGACACGAUAUGCCGCCUCGUCGUCGAGCGCCUCUCGGGCAAACCGGGCAUCUCCUUUGAAGAAAUCGCCCGCGCAGCCUACGACGAAGGGCGAGGCCGCCUAGCCACUGAGCUCCUCAACCACGAACCCCGCGGCGGCCGCCAGGUGCCCCUCCUCCUCAGCAUGGAAGAAGACGAGCUCGCGCUCGACAAGGCCAUUGAGAGCGGCGACACGGACCUCAUGUACACCGUCCUCCUCCAGCUCAAGAAGAAGCUCCCGCUGGCCGCCUUCUUCCGCGUCAUCAACGCCCGCCCCGCGGCCACGGCGCUCGUCGAGUCCUCGGCCUUUCGCGAAGGCGACAACGCCCUCCUAAAGGACCUCUACUACCAAGACGACCGCCGCGUCGACGGCGCGGGCGUCUUUGUCCGCGAGUCGCUCGCCCAGGCGGACGCCCGCACGGCGUCGGACAAGCUCGCCCUCGCCGCGAAGCUGCUCUCCGACUCCCGCGAGGCGACGUUCGAGGUGCACGCCCUGAAGGAGGCCCAGACGCUGCUCAAGAUGCAGGAGGCGUUUGACCGGGACCUCACUGACACCUUUACGGGGCUCAGCGUCAACGAGACCAUGUUUAAGCUUAUUCGGCUGGGGUACCACAAGCGCGCGACAAAGAUCCAGAGCGAGUUCAAGGUACCCGAAAAGGUUGCGUGGUGGCUUAGACUACGCGCUCUUGUUGCGAAGCGGGACUGGAACGAUAUUGAAGAGCUGGCAAAGACGAGGAAAAGCCCGAUUGGGUGGGAGCCAUUUUAUAACCUCACGCUGCAGGCGGGCAACCCGCGGCUGGCGGCGGUCUUCGUGCCCAAAUGCACGGGUCUGGAACCGGGAACGACAAUCACCAUGUACGAAAAGUGCGGGAUGCGGGUUAAGGCGGCUGAGGAGGCGGUGAAGCUCAAAGACGCCGAGGCGUGGGGUAGACUGCUCGAGGCGGCGGGACGGGGAACGCAGGAAGGGCGAGAGAUUGAAAAGCUCGGAGCCGCGGUCUUCAAGAAGUGA